GCUCUGAAGAUCGAAAAUGUCCCAUGAACCGCAGAAGCCCGCCAAGCCAGCAGUGAAGGAGCCUCCGGUUGUCAGCGAGGAGACCAGGACCAAGGACAAGUGCCUGGCGGACUUUUGCCUGAAGGGUGGCAGUGGCCUGAUCAUCGGCAGCGCGGUCACCUUGUUCUUCACGCGCCCGCAAACCUAUCCCAUUUGGCUGGGACUGGGCGUCGGCAUGGGCGUGGCCUACGACUGCUGCCAGGCGCGCUGGAAUCAACAGUAGUGUUCGAAAGAUCUCUGAGCUUCAAUAAAUGUGGGCUUUCCCGUCUCGGAA